GUUACAACAUUUGACAUAUAAAUGACUCUGAUUCUUGAUCUACCCGAGGAUGUAUUUCCAAUCAUCUUACGUAGUCUCAAUCAGAAACAGAAAAUGGCAUUGAUGUUAGUCAAUAAGCAAUUGUAUAACUUGACAGUUGCGAGUUUAUACUGUUCAAUUUAUUUGAACUUUGGUCAUCGUGCUGAAAUAUUGAUUGAUCGGGAAAUAUGUUCUGAUUUCCAUUGUGGAAAUACCAUUCUCAAUUCCAAUGAUCUGUUUAGAAAGCUUGUGGAGCAACGCAAGGAGUUGGUUGAUAAUAUUAAACUGAUUUAUAUAUUUAAUUCGGAGCUUAAAUUGAAAUUUUGGAUGGAUUCGGAGACAUUGUUGGGGAUGAGAGAGAUUGAUUUAUUGACUCAUAUAGCUAUUCCUUCAUUUAUUCAUGUUCCCUUGGAGGAUAAUUAUACCGUAAAAGAAUUAAGCCUUGAUAUUUCGCCAGUGUGCAUUGACGAGAUUGAUUGGGCCACUAUUCCGUAUUUGAAAGGGCUUGAAACUUUGAAAAUUAAAACGGUUCGGGCUCAGGAGGAAUUUCUUACCAUGACAUCAAACUUUCACCAGCCAUUGAAGGUAAAACGAUUAUCGUUGGAAUUUACAUUACCUAAGGAGCUAACCUUUGAAACUUUGGCUAAAGUGGUUAAAUUGGACGAAGUAACUAGUUUGGAAUUAGAAUCUCCCACUUGGGAAUUGAAUGGGAAGCCAUUUGAAUGGUUAUUUUCAAGCUUGACUAAUUUAAAGCAUCUAAGUAUGGUAUUAAAAAAUCUGGAAUUGGUAUAUGAGUUGCUUGGUUUAGUCCAAAGUGGCACUUUGAAAAGUUUAGCAAUCGCCCCGGUUGACAUACUACCAGUGAAAUUACAAAAGAUUAUUGAGAAACAUGAGCAAACACUCGAACGCGUUAUGUUUGCUAGUCAUGUAUACUACACUUUUUCACUUGAUGAUUUCCAAAGAAUCACUCCACCAAGGUUUAAGGAAAAUCUCCUAACUUAUCAAGCUAGAGUAGAACAAAUGUUGAAUAGUGACGUGCUGAAGUUUCCUCAUUUACAUCACAUUGUAAUAUCUAGUAUUCAGUAUGAAGUCACCCGAUCGGAGGGUAAGUUUGAGGUUACAGCAUUUAAUGACUUUAAUCUGUUUGUUUUGAAGAGCGCACCAGUUGUGUGGUGAGGCAUGGAUGUAAACAAUGGAAUGUUGUAGGUUGAUGAAAUACAUCAAUUUGCAACCAAAAAAGAUUAUUUACACGUGUUUCAAUUUGGUUUACUAUAUAUUUGACAUUCUUUUCUGAUAUGACCAAGUAUAUAUCUCUUGUAAGUGCUAGAAAGUGCUAAUCUGGGGAUUCAGAGACAUCGCUCGAUCUCACCAAUCG